AUGUCUUUUCUUGGUCACUAUACAACUGAAACAGUAACUUAUCCGUCUCAUGGUGAGAAUAUUGCUGGGGUAUUAUAUCGUCCAAACAAUGUAUCUAACCCACCUGCCGUUGUAAUCAUUGGUCCUUAUUCCUUUGUUAAGGAACAGGCUCCAAUGCAAUAUGGUACCCGUCUUGCAAAUCAAGGAUAUGCUGCGUUGAUUUUUGAUCCUCGUACCGUUGGUGAAAGCACUGGUGAACCAAGAAGACUAGAGAAUCCUAAAAUGAAGAACGAAGAUGCAAUUGCUGGUAUCGAUUAUCUUGUCCAAAGAGGUGAUAUUGAUAAAGCAAAAAUUUUUCUUGUUGGCGUUUGUCAAGGAGGACCUGAAUCUUUGGAUAUCGCUUCAUACGAUGAUAGAGUUGCAGGCGUAGCAUCUGUUUCAGGCUACUACCGUGACCUUGAAACAGAUAUUUAUAUGAUUUGUGCUGGUUGUGUUGAUUGGAAACCAGGUGCUGAUGUCGCAACAAUGAAGAUGCCUACUCCAGAACAAGGGAAAGUACUUUACGACGCCCGAAUUGAGAGAGCAAAAAAGGCUCGAGAGCUUUACGACACAACUGGGGAGGUUGUCUACCAGCCUUUGGUUGAUCCAAAAGUUGCAGAUCCAAACACUGGAUCUUUAGCAGGGUUACCGGGUCCAGUUAUUUGGUCAUGGUAUGGACCAUGGACUUUGAAGAAAUUCGAUAACCGGUAUGCAAUCAUGAGCGACUUGGAUCAUUUUAGCUAUUCUACUGUUGAGGGUGUUGCGAGGCUCACCAAACCCGCUUUAAUUAUCCAUGGCGAUAAUUGUAUGAACCAUGCUGCAGCAAGAAGACAUUUUGAAUCUAUCCCAACUGAUAGAAAGAAACUUAUAUGGAAUGAUAAGUCCCAUUUUCAACAUUAUGAUCAGCCAGAUGUUGUGGAUCAGGAUGUUGGUGAAAUUGCUGCUUGGUUUCAAAUAAUCUAA